AAGUACAUUCCUUUAUUUGCUUCUUCUUCUUCUUUCUUCUUCUUCUUCUCUCUCUCACAAGCGAAGAAAAGGACAGACCGGGGAAAUAAAGCUCUGCUGGUUUUUGUUUGCAGGAGCCGCCUCUCCUCUUCCUAUCCGUUCAUCGCCAAACCCUAGUUCUCUCCCUCCAGAUCUCCGCCAUAGCUCAGCCCACUGAUCGCCAGCUGAAAUGGACUUCACUUUCGUUUGAUUCAUGGAAAUGUCGGCCUCGCUCGCUGCAUUUGAGCGGCCUCGAGCGGGAACGUCUAAUACGGUUUUCAAAAGUGGGCCGCUAUUCAUCUCAUCAAAAGGACUAGGCUGGAAGUCUUGGAAAAAGCGCUGGUUCAUUCUCACACGCACAUCUUUGGUUUUCUUCAAAAAUGAUCCGAGUACUCUUCCACAACGGGAUGGCGAAGUUAAUCUUACUUUAGGAGGCAUAGACUUGAAUAAUUCUGGAAGUGUGGUUGUUAGAGAAGAUAAAAAACUGAUAACUGUACUCUUCCCCGAUGGACGUGAUGGUCGGGCAUUUACUCUUAAGGCUGAAACAUCAGAGGAUUUGUAUGAGUGGAAGACUGCUCUUGAGCUUGCUCUUGCACAAUCGCCAAAUGCUGCGCUUGUGACGGGACAUAAUGGCAUUUUUCAAAAUGACAACGGUGAUUCAGUCGAAGGGUCUUUCCAUCACUGGAGGGAUAAGCGUCCUGUCAAGUCUUUGGUAGUUGGGCGGCCACUUUUGCUUGCGUUAGAAGAUAUAGAUGGUGGUCCAUCCUUUCUUGAAAAGGCACUUAAAUUUCUUGAAAAGCACGGAACAAAAGUUGAAGGGAUAUUGCGACAAUCUGCUGAUGUAGAGGAAGUAGAAGAGAGGGUAAAAUCAUAUGAGCAAGGUAAGACUGAAUUUGGUCCAGAUGAGGAUGCACAUGUAAUAGGUGACUGCGUGAAGCAUGUACUACGUGAGCUGCCAUCAUCUCCAGUGCCUGCAUCUUGCUGCACUGCCUUAUUGGAGGCAUACAAAAUUGAUAGGAAGGAAGCUCGGGUCAAUGCUAUGCGCUCUGCUAUAGCUGAGACGUUUCCCGAACCCAACCGCCGGUUAUUACAGAGAAUUGUGAAGAUGAUGCACACCAUAUCUUCAUAUGCUUCUGAAAAUAGAAUGAAUCCAUCUGCUGUAGCUGCUUGUAUGGCACCAUUGCUUUUGCGACCUCUCUUAGCUGGUGAAUGUGAGCUGGAGGAUGAUUUUGAUACUAACAGUGGCAAUUCUUCACAGCUUCUCGCUGCUGCUAAUGCAGCUAAUAAUGCCCAAGCAAUCAUUACAACACUUCUGGAGGAGUACGAGAAUAUUUUCUAUGAUGAUAAUCUACAUCGGUGCUCUAUUUCAGCGGAUUCACGAAUUGGAAACAGUGGCAGCGAAGAUUCAAAUGAUGAUGAUAAUUUGGAAGUGAAAGACAAUGGAUAUCAUGAUGCUGAAAAUGAGGCAGUGCAAGAAUCAGAUGAUGAUCAUGAUCGUGUACUUAGUGGAAAGCUAAGUGAAAGCAGCAGCUCGGCUGCCAGUGAUCUAUAUGAUUACAAGGCUUUUGGAGGUGAUGAUUCAGAUUUUGACUCUCCAAGGAACAAUGAAGUUCCUGGAAUUGCAUUUAAGCCCACUGGAAACUCUCAGCUUGUUGCAGAUUCUAGUGUUUUAUUUAGUGAACAGCUAGACCGGCAUAAAAAGACAACUGAAAGUGGUAUAGCUACUCCUUUCGAAUCACCAAGUAAUGGAUCUCAGCGGUCUAUGGGUGAAAUACUUUCAUCUAUGGAUCAAGGGAUGUCUCGUCCUUCCACCGGGAAAGAUUCAUCUAUGGAGAAGUCUUCCAGUAAACUAAUUUCCUCCCAUCUCAAUGUCAAACGAUCAGCAUUCUGGGGUAGAAACAUUACAAGAAAGACUCCAUCAAUGGAGUCAGUUGGUUCUUCUGGAGAGGAAGAGCUUGCUAUACAGAGACUUGAGACUACUAAAAAUGACUUGCGCCAUAGAAUUGCAAAAGAGGCAAGAGGGAAUGCCAUUCUGCAGGCUAGCCUUGAGAGAAGGAAACAAGCAUUGCAUGAGCGACGAUUGGCACUGGAACAAGAUGUUGCAAGAUUACAAGAACAGUUACAGGCUGAGAGGGACUUGAGGGCUGCACUGGAAGUUGGGCUGAGCAUGUCUUCUGGGCAGCUAUCAGGCUCUCGUGGUAUGGAUUCUAAGACAAGGGCCGAGCUUGAAGAGAUAGCACUUGCUGAAGCUGAUGUGGUUAGACUGAAGCAGAAAGUUGCUGAAUUACAUCAGCAACUUAAUCAGCAGCGCCAUCAUCCCUUUGACCCUUUGUCGGAUGCUACUGAUCGUUAUCAACAUGGCCCAAACAAUAGUUCUCAACUGAAAUACUUUCAGCAAGAUUUUGACACAAGCCUUGCUUUCUGUAAUCAUGAAAGGAAACAAAGAACUGAGGAACUGUUUGGUUCUGAGCUGAGGAACAUCAAAGGACAAGUUCUGACACCUGGCAACACUAGCAGGCAGACAGGUCGCAAACACUCAUUUGACUCAACAAGUUUGAGUGAUUCUAAGAGUGGGACUGAGGCAUCAGCCGGUGUAUCAAUGGAUGAGUUUGGUGUUGUUGAUUGCCUGUCUCAUCCGUCUACGUCAAGGGUCACAGAGGGGUUGGAUUAUUCUUGCCACCCUCCAGCCGCCACGUCUUCCACCUUGCUGGAACUAACCACACGGUUAGAUUUCUUCAAAGAAAGACGUUCCCAGCUGAUGGAGCAGUUGCACAACCUCGACCUAAGCUUCGGGUCAGCACCACAUGAUUUCAUGUACAAACCUCCACCACCGUCGUCUUCUCCUCCGUGGAACUGAGCAGCAAUCAAUGGCUCCAAGGAUUUCCCCAAGGUCUUUUGUAUAUCCUCCUUUUGUUUAAAUCACUGCUGCAUGUAUAGAAUUCCCACAAUGUUUUUUUAUUAUAAAUGUGCCAUUUUUUUUAUUUCUUCUUGAUCUCCUCGAUCUGAGACUGAAUGCGCGGUCCGUUCUUCAAUGUCACGGAUUUUGUAUUGUAUUGUACUCCAUCUAUCUAGUGUAUUAUUAUUAUUGGAAGCAUCUUGAGGUCUUGACUGCUACUACUAUGUAUGUAUAAUAUAGUUAAAGGGAGAUGUUGAAUAGAGUUUUGUUAUUGCU